GGAAGUGAAGGCGUGCCACUCUAAAGCUUGAUGCUUGGCGGAGUAACGGGGGGUGUCGUGUUGCAGUAGUGUCGCAGUUUCCCACACAGAAACUUCCUAAUUCAACGGCUUCUUCUUCGGGCAUACCGACCAUGGCGCAGGCUCUCAAGGAACGAUUCGAUAGGUUUCUCCACGAAAAGAACCUCGUGACCGAUGCCCUCGCCAAGAUCGAAGCAAAGACGGGAGUCAGCAGGGCGUAUGUCGCUUUGGCUGUCAUCGUCAUUAUCGCAGUGUACUUGGUGGUUGGCUAUGGAGCCUCCCUUCUAUGUAACCUCAUCGGUUUCCUUUACCCGGCCUACAUAUCCAUCAAGGCCAUUGAAAGUGCCACCAAAGAUGAUGAUACCAAGUGGCUGACCUACUGGGUGGUCUAUGGACUCUUCAGCGUGGCAGAGUUCUUUGCAGACAUUGUCCUCUCCUGGUUCCCGUUUUACUACAUUGGAAAGUGUGCCUUUCUGGUCUGGUGCAUGGCUCCAACUCCUUCCAACGGCUCCGUGCUGAUUUACAAUCGCAUAAUCCGCCCCUUUUUCCUGAAGAACCAAGCCAAGAUUGAUGAUGCGGUCAAGAACAUAAAGGAUAAGGCAUCUGAAGCCGCUGACAAGUUCAAAGAUGAGGCCAAAAGAGCAACUGCCAACAUAAUAUUUGAGGAAAAGAAGAGCACUUAAACAGGAUGAUCCCUGCAGAUUGUUUGUAUUUAAUGGAUGUCUGCUCUGUAACUUCAAUUAAAGGCUGUUACCCUGAUA